AUGGCGAGUGGCGAUAGAAAGCGUCCAUUGGGAAAAGCCUCCAGUAGCACCGGCCGCGCUUGCCAGUCGCGUUUUGUACCGGCGCCGCGCAAGCACCCUGUGCCGCCUCGCUUGGCGCGCGCUGGCUUGCCGCAAGAACUCCACAGGGACAGUACUCUGCUUAGAGCCAACACCAGCUACUAUCCUGAAGGAGAAAGCGAAGGCGGAUGCAGCGAGUUCCCGCCGCUCAUGCUGCGCAAGUCAUGGACGCGUGGGGUACCUUACAGGGACAGCUUCGAUCAUGCCAGGCCUACAGAUUCUACAGGUAAUUGCUACACGCCGGCAACAAAGACGAUGCGAACGAUCCACAUGCCGCCGAAGCGGCGGCCGCCUCCAAAGUUGUACGGUCCCCUCGGACCUAACGGCGAGUUGCAGUUUCCGCCGCUGAAACCUUGGGCCGAGAGGGAGAAAGAGAGAUUGGAUGCUAUCAAGAGGGAACAGGACAAGAAGAAGUUGCCCAAAGGGCUCGUGCUACUAGAAGACUUAGUAUCAGGAGCAUAUGAACGACGGAAGGCUGCAGCUGUAGAAGCAAAAAGAAAAAGAAUAGAAAAGAAGCGACAAGAGAAAAUAGCGGCUGAGGAGGCGGCAAAAGAGGCUUUAAAGAAGCAUCUUGCUAAGCUAUCGUUCGAAGUGCCGCGGGAUCCUGAUGAUCAGAAGCUGGAGCUGCUGAUGGUAACCGAAGCAGAGCACUACAGAUACAUCCACCCCAACGACUUGGAGAGGAUUCAGUACUACAUGACAACUUCGCUGAACAAUAGACACUUGCCGGAGUUUCCGGUACAUCUGUACCGGCGCGCCAAGCAGCAAGUGGACAAGCAGACAGUGGCCAUCAAGCGCCGCCUCAUGGUGCUCACGUACCAGGCCUGCGUGCGCCAGAGCGAGGCAGAUAUACGAGAAUCCUUUGUUGAAGCUAUGAAGAGAUGCAUCUUGACGUACGUGCUAGAAGACCCUUGCGAGCGCGGUAGGCUGAGCAUUGCUCACGUACCUUCGCUGUGGCCGGCGCUCGUCAUUCACGGCCCUGUGCCCUGGCAUUCCGCUGCCGUUCGCGCCAAACAGGCGCUGUUUUACCGCCACUAUCAUGGUAAUCCAGUAUUGUUGGAGCUGCGAAGAUUAUGGCAGCAGAGGUAUCAAAACAUGUUCAUUUGUGACAUGCGGAAGAUGCAAGCCGAUGGGCCAUUCCCUCACUACCCAUGUAUCCAUAGUUUAAUGUCGAGACAAAUUCGAGAUUUAGUGGAGCGGAGUGUGAAACAUUUCGCCGAGUAUUUUGCAUACUAUUGGGAAGGUAACAACUUCGGGGAGGAGUACAAAGAUUACACGUUCAUCAAGAACUCGCUGCUGCGCAUCAAGGUGACUGCGCAGCCGGGGAGCACGCAGCUCAACUUCGAACCCAGCCUCGAACAGAUGCGAGUUCUGAUAGUCAAGUGGUUUCACAACAUCAUCAAUGUCAACAGCAACCUGCCCAGCGUUGACACUAUCAUGUAUCCUGAUGUGACACGUCCGAGACCGACCCUGUACUGCGUGUUCCCGGAUGAACGCUACAUGGUGGACAUCAUCAACCAAACGUUGAGGUACUUCAAGGUCAAUCGGCCCGGACCUUUGAACUUCAUCAAGCGUUACGCCGAAUAUUUUCAUCUAUUAGACGGCACGGCUCAACAAGACCUCAUGUUGUUUUUUGGUCAAGAACCUCCGCCAUUUUUAAAGGACUUCUCUGCACGUAUCUACAUGUAUGAAGAGCUGCGUGAUGAGAUCCUGUUCCUGCGGCGCGACAUUCCCUUGAACAUGGUGCUGCUGGACUGCGCGCCAGUCAACGACACGCUGUGGGCCAUCGUAAACGGCCUGCGCACGCAAAUCGUCGACCACUUCAUCUUGCAGAACAGGAAGUGGAAUAGAGCCAUUUGCGACGUGUACGAGGGCAUGGCGGCGCGUGCGUCGGAGAGCCCGGAAACAACGGCACAGUUGGUGGCGCUGCUGGGCUAUGUGCUGGACUGCCGCGACUGUGCGCUCUUCGACCUGCGCGAGAAAUCGCGCACCUCCGCAGAAUACGUGCUCUUCCUCAUGCAGCACCAACUUCUCGACGACCAUAUUCUGAAAUCGCAGACGAUGCGCGGCUCGCCCUACGUCAAAGCUUUCGAGACCGAUAUGGUGGCCUGGGAGGAGAAGCUCAUCAGCAUGCAGGAUAUACUGGACCAAUGGCUGCAGUGUCAAGCAACUUGGAUGUACUUGGAGCCGAUCUUCUCUUCGGAAGACAUAAUGCGUCAGAUGCCGACGGAGGCGCGCAACUUCCGCGACGUAGACAAGGAGUGGCGCGUGGUGAUGAUCGCCACGCACAAGGAGCCGCUGGUGCUGGAGGCUACGGACUUCCCCGGCCUGCUGAAGAAGAUGCGGCACAACAACGCGCUACUGGAUGACAUACAAAGAGGACUUAACGACUACUUGGAGAAGAAGAGAUUGUUCUUCCCGAGAUUCUUCUUCCUAUCAAACGAUGAGCUGCUGGAGAUCCUGUCGGAGACGAAAGACCCGAUGCGCGUUCAACCACAUCUUAAAAAGUGCUUCGAGGGCAUCUACACACUGGAAUUCAACGCCGCCGAUGAGAUAGUCGGCAUGGCUUCUUCAGAGGGAGAGGUCGUCAAGCUGUCCUCUAGUAUACAGCCAGCUGACGCUAAGGCUAUAGAAGCCAUCCAGACGGCCAGCCUACCGGACCUGAUCCGACGAUGCACGGACCAGAUCAACGGGUUGGUGUAUCUCGUACAGGGCGACCUUGACCCUGGUAACCGCAUCACCGUCGAGGCCCUCAUCGUCAUCGAUGUACACGGGAGAUCGAUCCUAGAAGAAAUGGUGCAGAAGAAGGUUGCUGACAUUACGGACUUCAACUGGAUCUCGCAGCUGCGAUAUACGUGGCAAGGCGAGCGGCUGCUGUGCUCCAUGAUCACCACCGACGUGGAGUACGGCUUCGAGUACCUCGGCAAUACCGGCCGUCUCGUCGCCACGCCUCUCACCGAUAGAUGCUACAGAACUCUAAUGAGCGCUCUGAAGCUGAACUUGGGCGGUGCACCCGAGGGCCCGGCCGGCACGGGUAAAACUGAGACCACCAAAGACUUGGCCAAGGCUGUGGCUAAGAAGUGUGUUGUCUUCAACUGUUCAGACGGACUCGAUUACAAGGCAUUGGGCAAAUUCUUUAAGGGUCUAGCUCAGUCGGGUGCGUGGGCGUGCUUCGACGAAUUCAACCGCAUCGAGCUGGAGGUGCUGUCGGUGGUAGCGCAGCAGAUCUUGUCCAUUCAGCUCGCUAUUCUGCGCCGCGAGAAGCGCUUCGUCUUCGAAGGCACCGAGAUCAGCCUUAACCCGACCUGCUCCGUCUUCAUUACUAUGAAUCCUGGUUACGCCGGUCGAACGGAAUUACCCGACAAUCUGAAAGUGCUCUUCAGGACGGUGGCCAUGAUGGUGCCGGACUACGCCAUGAUCGGCGAGAUUACUCUCUACUCUAAUGGAUUCGUUAACGCUGGCCCGUUGGCGCGCAAGAUAGUGCAGGCGUACAAACUGUGCUCGGAGCAGCUGUCGUCACAGAAUCACUACGACUACGGCAUGCGCGCCGUCAAGUCGGUGCUGCUGGCCUCCGGCGCGCUUAAGAAGAACUAUCCUGAAAAGGAUGAGGCGCAACUUGUGCUGCGAGCCAUCAUCGACGUUAAUAUGCCCAAGUUCCUCUCACAGGACGUGCCGCUGUUCAUGGGCAUCUAUUCGGAUCUGUUCCCGGGCGUGGAGAUCCCGCAGCCAGAUCGGGCCGAACUCACCCAGUGUAUCUUAAAGGAGUUAGAGCGCCGCAACCUACAAGCCACGGAAUGGUACCUCGAGAAGAUAAUACAGAUUUACGAGAUGAUGUUGGUCCGCCACGGGUUCAUGACGGUGGGUCCGCCGAUGGGUGGCAAGACACAGGCGUACCAGACGCUUGCGGACGCACUGCGCGCACUGCAGCUGAUGAAGCCGCCGCCGAGGCACAAAGAGUUCGGUGCUAUCUACCGAAUCCUCAACCCCAAGGCGAUCACAAUGGGACAGCUGUACGGGUGCUUCGACCCUGCAUCCCAUGAAUGGUCGGAUGGUGUUCUGGCGAUUGCAUUCCGUGAGUACGCGAUGUCGGCGACUCGCGAUCGCAAAUGGAUCCUGUUCGACGGUCCCGUAGACGCCGUGUGGAUAGAAAACAUGAAUACGGUGCUGGAUGACAACAAGAAACUCUGUCUUAUGAGCGGCGAGAUUAUACAGAUGACAAAUAAAAUGAACCUGAUCUUCGAAGCGGCGGAUCUUGAGUUUGCCUCCCCAGCCACGGUGUCGCGCUGCGGCAUGAUUUACAUGGAGCCUGAGCAGCUCGGUUGGCGUGCAUUUUUGGCAUCGUACAAUACACACCUAAGCAAGAAACUGAUCCCGGAGCAGUUCGACCUGAUCCAGGAGCUGAUCGACUGGCUGGUGCCGCCCAUGUUUGAGUUCCUCAAUCAGCGCUGUCACCAGUUCGUCAAAGUUGGAGAUAUUCAUCAGUUCUACUCGUUUACACGUCUUUUUACGUGCCUGCUCGAGGGCGAGACGCAAUUCAGCACAAUGUGGCUCCAGUGCACCUUCGUCUUCUCGUUACUAUGGGGACUCAGCGCCACUAUCGAUGGUGACAGUCGUAAACGUUUCGAUGCAUUCUUCCGAAAGUUACUGGAGGGGAACAACGCGACGUAUCCGAAACCUAAGUCGUUUAAAUUAACCAAGAACCAGCUAUUCCAAGAUAAAGACACGGUGUUCGACUACGUGUACGACAAGCGCAACAACGGCACCUGGAUACCUUGGGUCGAACUGGAGAAGGAGGUUGCCAUACCUGCCAACGCAAAGGUUAAUGAAAUUAUAAUCCUGACGAAUGAGAACGCGUACCUACGGUACUUCGUGUCGAAGAUGGUGAAGUCCCAGAUCCCGAUCCUGCUAGUAGGCCCCACGGGCACCGGCAAGUCCUCGCUCGUUAUCGACUUCCUCUUGUCUCUGCCGCGGCACAGGUACAUCACCAAUACCAUCAACUUCUCCGCAAGAACCACUGCUAACCAGACUCAAGAUAUCAUAAUGUCGAAAGUGGAUAGACGUCGUAAAGUCAACAAUGUUUUCUUCGGAAACUAUAUGGAGCCUGACGCCGACCCAAAGAUCUACGAUCAGGUGUUGGACUUGGAAGACAUGUCAGUUAAGAUGGAAUACUACUUGGAUGAGUACAACGUCGUGUCGUCGUCACCCAUGGCGCUGGUGAUGUUCCGCUACGCGCUGGAGCACAUCUCUCGGUGCACGAGAGUGCUGCUGCAAGAUAACGGCAAUCUGUUGCUGGUUGGUGUUGGAGGCAGCGGUCGCAGCAGCGCGGUCAAGCUCGCCGCAAAUAUUCUGGAAAUGAACGUGGUGCAGAUCGAGAUCUCGCGAGUAUACGGGCAGACGGAGUGGCGCGAUGACAUUCGAAAACUACUGAUGAAGGCCGGCAUACUCGGCAAGCCAAUCGCCUUCCUCUUCGCCGACAACCAGAUUAUAUAUGAGGGCAUGGUGGAGGAUAUCAACAUGCUUCUUAACACGGGAGACAUUCCUAACCUGUAUGGCAUGGACGAGAAGGUCGAGAUCCUGGACAAGAUGCAAGCUGCCGUUAGGGAGUCCGGCAAGAAAAUAGAAACGACGCCAUUGGCUAUGUUUGGUUUCUACGUCGAACGCGUGAAAGCCAACCUGCGUAUCGUGCUGGCCAUGUCUCCCAUCGGCGAUUCCUUCAGGAACCGCCUCAGGAUGUUCCCCUCACUUAUCAAUUGUUGUACUAUUGACUGGUUCACAGCGUGGCCGGCAGAGGCGCUGGAGCGCGUGGCGUCAAUGUUCAUCAGUAGGAUGGAGGAUGUGAGCGAUGAGUUGCGCGUCACCUGUGUCGACAUGUGCCAGCUCUUCCACAUGCCGCAGCUCGUCGACACCUCCGAGCGCACAGAGAAACUUAUGAUCAAGAUAGAGCAGGAUACAGUGCUCGUCGAGAAACAGAAAGAGAUAGUGGGAGCGGACGAGGCCCUGGCGAACGAGGCGGCGGCGGCCGCGCAGGCCAUCAAGGACGACUGUGAGUCGGACCUGGCGGAGGCGGUGCCCGCGCUGGAGGCCGCGCUUUCUGCUCUCAACACGCUAAAGCCCGCAGACAUCACGCUCGUCAAGGCUAUGAAGAACCCGCCCGCCGGCGUCAAGCUCGUCAUGGAGGCGGUCUGCGUCAUGAAGGGCAUCAAGGGUGAUAGGAAAAUGGACGCUAAUGGUAAACCAUACGAAGAUUAUUGGGGACCUUCACAAAAGAUGCUCGGUGACAUGAAGUUUUUGGAAAGCUUAAAAAAUUACGACAAAGAUAACAUUCCAACAGCUAUUAUGAAGAGGAUCCGUGACAAAUAUAUUCCUGAUCGCGAGUUUGAUCCUGUGGUGAUCGCUAAGGUGUCGUCGGCCUGCGAAGGUCUAUGUCGCUGGGUGCGCGCCAUGGACGUUUACGACAGAGUCAUCAAGCGUAAGAAGAAAGGUUUAGAAGACGAGAUAGACCUUUGCUCGACGAAGCUGUCGCGCGCGGAGCAGCUGAUCGGAGGGCUGGGUGGAGAAAAGGCGCGCUGGACCCUGCUGGCAAAGCAGCUGCAGGAACUAUUGGGAAAUAUUAUCGGUGAUGUUCUUUUGUCAGCGGGGUUUAUCGCGUAUUUAGGCCCCUACACUGUAAACUACAGACGAGAAAUCAUUCAAGUCUGGAAUAACAGAGCAAAGACGCUUGAAAUCCCCUGUUCGGAUACGUUCUCGUUGAUCACGACCCUGGGCGAACCGGUGGAACAAGCGAACAAAUGGGUGAAGAACAUGGAGCGAGAGAACCAUCUAAAGGUGAUAAAGCUAACGGACUCAAACUACACGCGCGUGUUGGAAAACGCUAUCCAACUAGGUCUUCCCGUGCUGCUAGAAAAUAUUCGCGAGCAGCUGGAUGCGGUGCUCGAGCCCGUGCUGCUCCGAAACAUAUACAGGUCUGGUGGCGUAGACUGCUUGAAGUUUGGUGACAACGUUUUGGAGUACAACUACGACUUUCGCUUUUACAUCACCACACGCCUCAGCAAUCCCCAUUAUUUACCGGAGAUUGCCGUUAAAGUGACAGUAUUGAACUUUAUGAUAACGCCGCAAGGGCUUGAGGACCAGCUGCUCGGAAUCGUGGUAGCACAGGACCGGCCCGAGCUCGAACUGAAGAAGAACCAGCUCAUUGUGGAGGGAGCCAACAACAAGAGGACUCUCAAAGAAAUUGAGGAUCAAAUACUUGAGGUGCUGUCAUCAGCCGGAAACAUUUUAGAAGAUGAAUCGGCAAACCAGAUUCUAUCAUCGUCUAAGAUCCUGUCGAUCGAGAUAGAGGCGAAACAGGCGGCGGCCGCGGUGACGGAGAAGGAGAUCGACGAAGCGCGUCUGCUAUACGUGCCCGUCUCCAAGCACAGCUCUGUCCUCUUCUUCUGCAUCUCAGACCUCGCCAACAUUGAUCCCAUGUACCAGUACUCGCUGAAUUGGUUUAUAAACUUGUACAAUCAGGCGAUCAUUAACUCGCCGAAGAGCGACGACUUGUCAGAGCGGCUCGACGGCCUUAACAGCUACUUCACACGCAGCAUCUACGAAAACGUCUGCCGCAGUCUGUUCGAAAAGGACAAGCUCAUCUUCUCUCUCGUUUUGACCCUCGGUCUGCUUAGGCCUAAGGGUUUGAUUGACGACGAAUUGGUGGCAUUCCUUCUGACGGGUGGCGUGGCGCUAGAGAAUCCAUACGAGAAUCCGGCACCCGCGUGGCUGUCAGAGAAGGCCUGGUCGGAAAUCGUACGCAGUAGUAAUCUCAGCGGGUUAGAAGGCUUCAGAGAUAACUUUAAAGCAAACGUGAAGGCGUGGAAAGAUUUUUAUGACCUAUCGACUCCGCAAGACAGCGAGUUACCGCCGCCGUACCAGAAUAUUAAAGGCAUCCCGAAGCUAAUCAUGUUUAGAUGCAUCCGUCCGGACAAGCUGAUCCCGCUGGUACAGCAGUACGUGUCGGACUCGCUAGGCCACAACUACAUCGAGCCGCCGCCCUUUGACCUGCAGCGCUCCUACGACGAUAGCAACUGCUGCUCGCCACUCAUCUUUAUUCUCUCGCCCGGCUCCGAUCCCAUGUCCGGCCUUGUCAAGUUUUCCAUGGAGAAAAAGGUCGUCAGUUUCGAGACAAUCUCACUGGGCCAGGGACAGGGUCCGAUAGCAGCAAACAUGAUCAGCCAGGCCAUAGUUACUGGCGGCUGGGUGGUGCUACAGAACUGCCACGUGAUGGAUUCCUGGAUGGGUGAGCUGGAGCGCAUCUGCGCAGAGGUGAUCACACCGCAAGUCACGCAUUCAGAGUUCAGGUGCUGGUUAACCUCGUACCCGAGCAAAGCCUUCCCCGUCACCGUCCUGCAGAACGGUGUCAAGAUGACAAAUGAGGCGCCAAAGGGUUUGAAGAACAACAUGUACCGAUCGUACACGUCGGAUCCCAUCAGCGACCCGGAGUUCUACAUCUCGUGUCCACGCACGGAGGAGUGGCGACGACUGCUGUUUGCUCUCUGCUUCUUCCACGCAUUGGUGCAGGAGCGUCGCGCCUUCGGCCCGCUCGGCUGGAACAUACCUUAUGAGUUCAACGAGAGCGACCUCAGGAUCUGCGUCAUGCAGUUGCAGAUGUUCUUGUCGGAAUAUGCGGAGACGCCGUUCGACGCGCUAAACUACCUGGCGGGCGAGUGCAACUACGGCGGCCGAACUACUCUGUUUGCCAGAUUAAAAUUCCUCCAAGAUUGGAUAGAUGAGGGUCCACCAUCAGUGUUCUGGAUAUCAGGGUUCUAUUUUACGCAGUCAUUCCUGACGGGUGUGCUACAGAACUACUCAAGACACAACCGCAUACCGAUAGACAAUGUACAUUUCGAGUUCACUAUCACUAGUAUGGAGGCUGAAUGUGAACAAGAACCUACAUUUGGAGUUUAUUGUAAGGGAUUAUUCUUGGAAGGAGCCAGAUGGAACCGUGAAACAAUGCAAAUGGAUGAAUCAUAUCCAAAAAUCCUCUUUGACACAAUACCAAUAAUAUGGUUCCAACCAGCUUUGAUUGAAAAAUUCAACCCACCACCGAGUUACUUUUGUCCUAUCUACAAAACUAGUGAGAGAAGAGGUGUCCUAGCCACCACGGGACAUUCAAGUAACUUUGUCAUGUAUAUAACCUUGAGGACGGAUAUACCGGAGAAACAUUGGAUAAACAGAGGUGUGGCAAGUUUAACACAGCUUGACGAUUAAAAAGCAAAUAGUAUUUUGUUUCGUUCAUUGAAAUAACUGUUUUUGUUUUUUUUAAGUUAAUUUAAUUAUAAUGAAAUAAUAAUGUUUU